AUGAACUUACCACAUUUAAAAUCCAUUUAUUUUGUAGAAUUUUCUGGUUCGUUUGAUGAACUUGAAGCGUUUAUUAAGGAAAUAUGUUCUCAAUUACAAAUGCUCAACAUUGGUGUAUGUUAUGAUAAAGCUUAUCUUAAUGGUAAUCGUUGGGAACGAUUAAUUAAAGAAUAUAUGCCGCAAUUAGAAAAAUUCUACUUUAAUUUUACGCCAAGUUCUGAUGAUGAUAGGAAGACAAAUUCAAGUUAUUCAAGUGAUGGAUUCAUUCAUCAAUUUAAUUCACCAUUUUGGCUUGAGCGAAAAUUAUUUCGUGAGCUAGAAGUAAAUUCUAUAACAUCGACUUUUUCAAUUCGUUCAUAUAGAAAAGAAUAUAAUUAUAUUUUUAAUCGAGAAAAAACUGACCAUGGUAUUAUACAAUUGACUAUUGGGAAUAACGAAUAUACCAAACUUGAUAGGCCAUAUAUUAAGAAAUUAAAAUCUGCUGUUAAAGCGAUUCAAUUUACUCAUUUAGAUAUAGAUAAUGAUAACUUGACUGUUAAGAUGUUACUCGAUAUUCUACAUAUGUUGCCAAAUAUUGAAUCAUUAAAACUGUCAUCUAUACCAAUAUUUCCGUUGGAAUCUUUAUCUAUUGAAGAUAUCAAAAAUAAUCUAUCAGUAUCGGCUAUUAACAAAAUAACACAAGUUAAACUUGGUCAAGUUACAGAAGACGACGAAGAAGAAAUUGAAUUUUUUAUCAAUCUUUGUCCACAUAUAGAAUAUCUUGAAGUAGAAUGUAUGUCAGAUACAGAUGUCUCAUUGCUUCUGAAAUUCGUUAUGACUCAAAGGACACAUAUUCCUAAACUCUGCUGUCUGUGCUUCAUUAAUCCUAUAGCAGAUGACAACAUGGUUAGAAGUUUAGCAGAGGCAAUCGUUUUCGAUAUAGUUAUUGAUAACUAUACAAUUCAGCGUAGUGGCAACAAAAUAAGUGUGCAUUGGAAAUUAUAA